UACAAACAUAACAUACAUUACAUUCGAUCGAUAAUAGUGUUGAAACUGAUAAUAAACGAUAUGGAGGAAUUAGAAGGAGGAGCGACGAUGAUGGGAAAGGCGGAAAUUGAUACGAGUGCUCCAUUUCGUUCGGUUAAGGAGGCAGUCAUGUUGUUCGGAGAAAGAGUUCUUGCUGGAGAGCUCUACUCUGCUAAUAAGCUUAAACAGAAACAAGAUGGAUCGAGUCAUGAAGACGAAAGCGACGACUCGUUUAAUGAUGAGUUAAUUGAGACAAAGCAAAGACUAGAAAGGGCAAGAGAAGAAAGAUUGGUAAUGGCUACUUGUCUCUCUUCUUUAGAAGAAGAACUUGAACGCACAAGAAAUGAGCUUGAUAAGCUAAAAUUUGAGCAACAAAAAGUCAUGGUAUCAGAAAUUGAAGACCUAAAAUUUAUAGAGAAAUCACAAAUUAUGUCACAUGAUCAAAAUAAUGUUGAGUUUCAUAAAAAAAGAUAUGUCACAUUUGCAAAUCCUCCACAAGGUGAUCAUGAUCAUGUUGUCUUACAAACCCAUCCUUCAAUCAACAAGAAGAAGAAGAUAAAAAUACCCCUAAUUAUUCCAUUGAUUGGGGGAUUUUUUUCUAGGAAGAGAGGUAGUAAUUCUGAUAAUAAUAUUCAAUCUUCUCGAAUUUAAAAUGCGCCAACAAAAGAGAGAUCUCAAGGCUUGUGUCCUGUUUGAAUCUUCAUAACUUGACGUGGAAGGAGUUUCAUUUAUAAUUUUCCAAUGGUUUUGCUUGAAAUCAAAGUGUGAAAAGUAAGGUUGGUUAACAUUCAUAUUUGAUUUCUUUGUGUAAAAUUUUCAA